AGUUGAAACAUGAACGAGGCAGGUGCAAAUAUCAAGGUUUCAAAACAAAAUCAAAUACCUCAGUGUACAAGGACGCCGUCUGAACCUGUGACAUCUUCUUUCUCGCUCUCUCUGCACAGGCAGACUACCGGCGUGAGUUCGUACAUGCAAACGGCGAUUUGCGAAAAUGACGCCGUUAACAUCCGCCGAGUUGAACUACCUCAUUUUCCGUCACCUUAACGAAUCCGGGUACACACAUUCAGCUUUCGCUUUCGAAUACGAGGCAGGAAUUAGCGAAAGUGCCAUUGAUGGAAAUGCUGUUCCCCCUGGUGCUCUUGUGACAUUUAUUCAGAAAGGAAUUGAGUAUCUUGGAAAAGAAACGAAGCCCAAUAACGAUAUUCUGGAUGCAAAUGGAAACUUCCAGUUUCGGCAUCCCAUUGAACUUAUACCAAAAGACGAAAAUGAACUUCAAAAGAUCAUAAACGAUAAAAAGGAAAGUAUCCAGAAGGAUAACUCUAAGGGAAAGGAGAAAGUAGAUGCUGAAAAUGGCGAGGGAAGCGACCACGGACUCGCAGCGGAAAGAGAAAACGAACCCUAUGGAGAGACGAACGAGAUAGAAAAGAAAACAGCAAAUGGAAAAGAGAAGGAAAUUCCAUUUGACUACAUAAGUGACGCUAAUCAUAACGAGGAUGAGAUUAACGGCAGACUUGAGGAGAAUGAAGCUGAUAGUGGGCCACUGCCGAUGGAUAUUUGCGCAAGUACAGCUUCAUCUAGCAGUGCAAUCCCGAACAUUGAUGUUACUGUGUUGCGAGGCCACACUUCCGAGGUUUUUACAUGUGCAUGGAACCCUGCUGGUUCGCUUCUCGCUUCUGGGGCCGGAGAUUCUACUGCUCGAAUUUGGACCAUGGAUAAGCCAUCCGUCCCCAAUAUGCAAAAUGGACCUUUAAGUGUCGUAUUAAGGCAUUUUAUGGAAACACCAAACAGCGAAAGCAAAGAUGUGACGACACUUGAUUGGAAUGCUGAAGGAACACUACUUGCUACAGGUUCGAACGAUGGUCGAGUAAAGAUGUGGAGUGAACGUGGGGAUUUAAUUACUAGUUUGAAUGAGCAUAAUGGGCCGGUUUUCUCUUUAAAAUGGAACAAGAAAGGGGAUUUUCUUCUGAGUGGGAGUAGGGACAAAACUGUAAUUGUAUGGGAUGUUAAGACGGCAGAACGUAAACAACACUUCAAGUUUCACUCAGCUACUGUCCUUGAUGUUGAUUGGAGAAGCAAUUUCUCUUUCGCAACAUGCUCGAGUGAUAGCAUGAUAUAUGUUUGUAAAGUUGGAACGGACCGACCAUUGAAAACUUUUGCAGGGCAUCAGGGUGAAGUUAAUGCUAUAAAAUGGGAUCCCACUGGCACCCUUCUAGCCUCGUGCUCUGAUGAUUUUACGGCAAAGAUAUGGACCAUGAAAGAGGACAACUGCUUGAUUAACCUAAACGAACAUACCAAAGAGAUAUACACUGUCAGAUGGAGUCCAACAGGGACUGGGACCGAUAACCCUAAUCGUCAACUUGUUUUGGCAAGUGCUUCCUUCGAUUCAACCAUAAAACUGUGGGAUGUGGAAGCUGGGCGUAUUCUCGAUACAUUAUAUGGGCACAGGGAUGCGGUUUAUUCUGUUGCGUUUAGUCCAAACGGGGAAUAUUUGGCUAGUGGAUCACUGGAUAAAUGUGUGCACGUUUGGUCGGUGAAGGAAGCCAGAAUCGUGAAAAGUUACCGGGGAGAAGAUGGCAUCUUUGAAGUUUGUUGGAACAAUAAAGGCGACAAGAUCGCUGCUUGUUUCGCAAACAAUGUGGUUUGCGUCUUCGAUUUUCAUAUGUAGGAGUUUAAGAUUGGGAAAUUCUUAGAUAUACAAUACAAUGGUGUCUGAAAAAUAAUCUUGAUUUUUUUGGAGAUACAUACAAUAGGGUUUUGUUGUUGUAGCUAGCUUAAAUGUACACCUUUGUUAUUGGCCCUCUGUUGUAUACAUAAGGUUUCAGUUUGAGA